CUUCGACCUUCGAACCACCCGCCGAGCACUUCGCUUUUUCAUUCUUGAACGACACCACCACGGAAUUGCGCUGCCCAAGGAGCGGAUUAUAUUGGACAGCUAUGCUGUCUUCAAGAUACAGGACCCCUAUGCGAGCUGUGUGGAUUGGUCUGGUCUUGUUUGCGACUAGCAAACUUUCGCUUGCGCAAACCGUAAUCGAUGCCUCGAAACUUCCCCAGUGCGCAGUGGACUGCGCCGCGCUCAACCAAGCCAAUACGGGAUGUGUACCACCAUCCGCACCGGUGACUGACCAAGGGAUCUAUCAGAGCUGCAUGUGCCAAUCGACUUUUUUGGUCACUCUAUAUAGCACACCAGAUGGCGUUUGCGAUGCGGAGUGCACAUCCUCGGGGGAUAGACAGCGCCUGAAGGAGUGGUACGUCGGUCUAUGUACCGGCGGCGUUGUUGUCACCCCGGCAGGGGGUAAACCAACAGCUACCACGAAGGGAGGACAGUCAACGAGUACUGCGGGUUCUCCCCAAAGUACAAAAUCUGGUGUAAGCAAUGCAGGGGUAUCGGGGAGUGGCAUCAAUGAACCCCCCAAGACUUGGAUUGCUGGCCAUUGGCAAUACGUCCUGAUGCUGAUCAUCAUAUUCCUCGCCAUGGUUUUCUUCACCGUCCUCGGCCUCUGGUUAAAGCGCCGCCAUCGUCGCAAGCAGGACGCUCGACGCUCCAACGUCGCCGCCCCGGACGCCUCCUUUGUCACCACGAAUCCGAACAUGUCCACCAUUUCCUAUUCCCACUCCCCACGCGGCUCGGGUCUAUUCCGCAACUCGGGCGGUAAUAUGACCUCCACCAGUGUGGUUGGCGUAGGUGGAACGGCACCUUCCGGUGCGAUGGGGGCCGUUGGUCGCGCAGAUAGUCGGAACGGGAUGUACAGACAUAGUGGCGGUGCUGGGAGUGGGACAUGGGGCGGCAUCGGUCGGCCGAGGGCCGGCACGGCGAAUUCAUCAACGUAUCCGCCGAUCACCAGUCCGCAGCUUAUGCAAGCGCAGACUCGAGGUUACGAGUACCCUGAUGUCGAGUCCGAUCGAGGUCAGUCGCCGCCUCCGCACGGCUCAUGGAGUAACACGAGUCGGGCCAAAGCGCGUAGCAAGGAGAAACUUGGAGACGAUGCAAUCACCGAAGUAUAUCAAGGUGAAUCACCAGUAAGACAUGAACGGAAAAAGAGGGACUUUGGUUAGGCAGUUGGGCAUCGGGAUAAUGUUCUGGUCGGCGUUGACCGGACGGAUUGGGAUGUAUGGUAUUUCGACGAUUUGGACAUCACGACGAUAUGGCUAGGAAUAGUUUUAUUUAGGCAUUGGGAUAGAAGGAUCUGAACAGGUCCCUCUCACAGAACCGAGGUGUAGGACACUUAGAUUUUUAAUAUCUACAAAUAUCAAGGGUUCCGUGGAUAUUCUCGUCUC